AUGCACCGGCUGCGAGCAGCGUCGUGCGUGCAGCGGGCGGGAAGAUCCUUGCGUGCGGUGGGCGGCGGGCGCGGGGCGCGGCCCGAGAGCAGAACACUUGGAGGCAACAGCGCGCCGUUCGGUGCGUUCCAGGCGCGGAUGGACGCGGUGUCACCCGCGGUGCACGCGCAGCAGAGAGAGUUCGGCGACGGGGAGGGAGCCACGGGAGCCGGGGGUACAGGGAACAUGCCGCCCAGCGGCGGGGGCGAGGGCAGCGGUGCGGCUGAGCCGGCGGCCACGCACGGUCUCUCGCAGUGGGAGGCGAUCCGCGCGGAGUGGACCAAGCGCCCAGAGGGGUACCGGAAGCAGUCGGCGCCACGGCCGGUGCUGCCGAGCGACGCGACGUACGAGGGGCUGCUGUUGAGUUCGCGCCCGUUCCCGCGCCCGGUGCCGUUGCCGGAGAUGGUAGAGUUUCUGGUCGACUGCUGGGUCGAGGACGGCUUGUACGACUAG